AUGAAUUUAUAUCAUAGUAGUAAAAUAUCAAGGCUUACAACCGUUUGUGCCCAUCGCAAAAUAGCUUCUUUUGCCAACAUCAUAAGAGAUUCUAAAGUUCUUCAAAAUAAUCUAGAAGAAAACUCUUUCAUUAACUAUAAGGAAAAUUUGAAGAAUUUACAUAUAGUGAAACGAAGAUUAGGUCGUCCUUUGACUUAUGCUGAGAAAAUUCUCUAUGGCCAUUUGAACGAUCCAGAAAACCAGGAGAUUGUAAGAGGCGUCUCUUAUUUAAAAUUGCUACCAGAUAGAGUAGCUUGUCAAGAUGCAACUGCUCAGAUGGCAAUCUUACAAUUCAUGUCCGCUGGCUUGCCUCAAGUUGCAAAACCAGUUACAGUUCAUUGUGACCAUUUGAUUCAGGCACAAAUUGAAGGUGGGAAGGAUCUAAAAAGAGCAAUAAAGUUAAAUAAGGAGGUUUUCGACUUUUUAAAAUCGUCAACAGCUAAAUAUAAUAUGGGCUUUUGGAAACCUGGUGCAGGUAUCAUUCAUCAAAUCGUAUUAGAAAAUUAUGCAUAUCCUGGGGCAUUGAUGAUUGGAACAGAUUCACAUACCCCAAAUGCUGGAGGUUUGGGACAACUUGCUAUAGGUGUUGGUGGUGCAGAUGCUGUAGACGUUAUGACUGGUCUUCCGUGGGAGGUGAAAGCCCCCAAAAUUUUAGGUGUAAAGCUCACGGGUAAGAUGAAUGGUUGGACGUCUGCAAAGGAUAUAAUUUUGAAAUUAGCAGGAAUUACGACAGUAAAAGGAGGUACUGGAAAAAUUGUUGAAUAUUUUGGGGAAGGUAUAGACACCUUUUCAGCAACUGGAAUGGGGACCGUAUGUAACAUGGGUGCCGAAAUUGGUGCUACUACGUCUGUUUUCCCAUUUAAUAAAUCGAUGGUGGAAUAUUUGAAAGCAACUCGCAGAAGCAAAGUGGCAGACUUUGCGAAAUUAUAUCAGCACGAUCUUCUUUGUGCUGAUCCUAGAUGUGAGUAUGAUGAAGUAGUAGAAAUAAACUUAAGCAAGUUAGAACCGUAUGUAAAUGGUCCAUUCACGCCUGAUUUGGCAACGCCGAUCUCGAAAUUAAAAGAUAUUGCUACUAAGAAUAAUUGGCCCUUGGACAUACGCGUAGGGUUAAUUGGUUCUUGUACAAACUCGUCCUAUGAAGAUUUAACUAGAUCCGCAUCAAUUGUGAAAGAUGCAGCAGAACAUGGUUUAAAAUCCAAGAUAACGUUUACGGUAACACCAGGUUCGGAACAAGUUAGAGCUACGAUCAAAAGAGAUGGCCUGUUAAAAACAUUUAAAAAAUUUGGUGGAAUAAUAUUGGCAAAUGCAUGCGGUCCAUGUAUUGGGCAGUGGGAUAGACAAGAUAUCAAAAAGGGUGAAAAGAAUACAAUUGUUACUUCUUAUAAUCGAAAUUUCACCUCGAGAAAUGAUGGUAACCCACAAACGCAUGCAUUUGUUGCCUCCCCUGAAAUUGUGACAGCUUUUGCAAUUGCUGGUGAUUUACGAUUUAACCCGAUUACUGACAGAUUGAAAGAUAAAAAUGGUGAUGAAUUUCUGUUGAAGGCACCUUUUGGUACUGGUUUACCUUCCAAGGGCUACGAUCCCGGUAAAAAUACAUAUACACCACCACCAAAGGUACGUUCAGUCGUAUCGGUCAAGAUAAAUCCAACCUCUGACCGCUUACAACUUUUGAAACCAUUUCCACCAUGGGAUGGUAAAGAUGCUAAAAAUAUGCCAAUUUUGAUUAAGGCUGUUGGUAAAACUACUACAGAUCAUAUUUCGAUGGCUGGUCCAUGGUUAAAAUAUAGAGGCCAUUUAGAAAAUAUUUCUAAUAAUUACAUGAUUGGUGCUACAAACAUAGAAAAUGGUAAAGCCAAUUGUGUGAGGAAUGUCCUAACUGGUAAGUACAAAGGCGUCCCUGAAACUGCACGAGAUUAUAAGGCAGAAGGUAUAAAGUGGGUUGUAAUUGGAGAUGAAAAUUUUGGUGAGGGCUCUUCUCGUGAGCACGCAGCUUUGGAACCAAGGUAUUUGGGGGGAUUCGCAAUUAUAACCAAGUCAUUUGCCAGAAUUCAUGAGACUAAUUUGAAGAAGCAGGGUCUACUGCCAUUGACAUUCAAGAAUCCAAAAGAUUAUGACCGUAUCGAUCCGUUUGAUAGAAUAGAUAUUGUGCAGCUCCAAGAGCUGGCCCCAAACAAGGAAGUCAAAAUGAUUGUACAUCCAUCCUCUGGAAACGACAGUUGGACGUGUCCAUUGUUACAUACCAUGAACAAGGAACAAAUUGAAUGGUUUCAAUGUGGUUCUUCUUUGAAUAAAAUUAAGAGAGAUAAAGAAAAGGGUUUAAGUGACGCCAAAUGA